AUGAAAUCGCAACAUCUACGCGAUCAAGUAUCCCGUCUCAAAAAAACCGGAUUUGACAAACCCCGAACAGGACAAGAGAAACGAUGCAGGACUACGCAAGUGGAAGUGAAUCGAGGUGAUGAGAUAGAGCCGGCUGCUAUUGGUGUAGUUCAUUCUACACGUGAGACAUUAGUCGCUGAGACGCAGGAUGGAAUAUCUCAGGAUGAGCCAGUAUUAGAAAGUGAGAGAUCUGAUACUGAGACACAGGAUCGGGUAUGUCAAAAUACCCCACCACCACCUGUGUUAAAGGCUUCACCACCUACGCCUCUGAUACCCGAAGAUAUCCCAGCACUACCUGUGUUAACGGCAGAAACAGCCACGCCACUCACUUCGACCACGGAAGCGAACGUAGAGGAAACUCCGAUCCUUUCUGCUGAGCCACCAAACACUCGUUUGGAAGAGCUUAAAGAACGCACUCUCCAAACACAAACAUUAACCACUGCUCAACAAACAACAACAAACACAACAUACUCUCCGACCAAUGCAAACACACUCAUGCCAAACACGGAAACUUCACACCAGCACCCACACAACACACAGUUACACACACAAAACAUAACGCAAGAAAUAUACCCGACACAACACAGCACAUCUACAACAACACUCACACACGCAACAUCAGCACAUUCUCCAAACCAAACACAAAACAAUACACAAGAAACAAACUCAUCACAACACAACAUCAUUACUUACACUACAACAGCACUCAUACACGCACCACCCCCACUUUAUCGAAACGAAACACAUAACACACCACCCAUUGCUCGGUUAACAAGCCUCACACAAGAUCAAAUAUCAAGACCAUCAGAUGUCUCAAACAAAACACAAAACACUUCACAAGAAACACAACAUAGCAUAACUUUAUUAACCACAACACCCAUACACGUACCACCACCAACAAAUCAAAACCUCACACAAAACACUUCACCCAUUGUAAGACUCACAAGACUCACACAUGGCCAAAUUGCACACUAUUCAAAACCGACGGAGAACGUCCCAAUCGCUCAUCGAACGCGAAAGCGAGCACAACACAAUACAACACCACACACAUCACCCAAAAGGCGAGGUCGCUGA